CUUUCAUGCUUCGUGCGGAGAGAAUCAGCAUUCAAAAGCAUCAAAUAAUUAGCCUGAAAAAUAAAAUAGAAAAAAAGGACCAUUCUUGCCCCUAUAAAUGAAUUGAUAACUUGAUGAUUCAUUGAUUCUGCUCCAUUCCUGAAAUUGCAAUUCUCUUUACCACUCAUGGGCAUCUUAAUUAUCCUUAACUUCACUCUUUGUAUCUGAUGAUGGGGUUUAGCCAUUUGAUAAAAUUCAAGUAGUUGCAGGCAUGUAACAAAAAAGUCUUCAGCAAAAAAAUAAAAAUUAAUAAAUAAAUCCAAGUUGUUGGCGAUCACCACAUCGUUUCCCAUAUGCAAGGAGUAGAAUAUUCCAAUGUCUGUUAAAUAUAGCAUUUGGUUGAGUAACUUUGCUCAGAAUAAUCAUUAACUUCAGAUCUGAUGUGUGGCCCGGUAACUGUUCUGGCUAAAGCGUCAAUUAAGAGUUUGUUUCAAGAUACUCCUGCUAUCCAGCUGUGCCCUUGAGUCUUGUUUUGAUUUAUUCAGAUGUCUUAUUCUGUGGAUUGAGAAUCUGUUAUUUGCAUAUAUUAUUGCAAGUUGCCUGAAGUAUUAGCUUGUGGUUGACUUGAGGUAUUCCUUUGAGGUGGGGGAGCAGUGUUUGAUUGUUCUGCUCAAGUCCUCUUGUUAGAUAAUAUGGGCUUAGUCUGCAGCAGAAGUCGUCGUUUUCGUGAAGCUGAUGCUGAAGAAAAUGCUCAGGAUGCAGAAAUUGAAAGAAGAAUCGAGUUAGAAACAAAGGCUGAAAAGCAUAUUCAGAAACUUUUACUACUAGGUGCUGGAGAGUCUGGGAAGUCUACAAUAUUUAAGCAGAUAAAACUUUUGUUUCAAACUGGCUUUGAUGAGGCUGAGCUAAAAAGCUACAUACCAGUCGUUCAUGCUAAUGUGUAUCAGACAAUAAAAGUACUGCAUGAUGGGUCGAAAGAGUUGGCGCAGAAUGACUUUGAUUCUUCAAAGUAUGUAAUAUCUAAUGAAAACCAGGACAUUGGUGAAAAGCUCUCAGAAAUUGGAGGCAGGCUGGAUUACCCGCGUCUUACCAAAGAGCUUGCACAGGAAAUAGAGACUCUGUGGGAGGAUGCUGCAAUUCAGGAAACAUAUGCCCGUGGUAAUGAACUCCAAGUUCCAGAUUGUGCCCAUUAUUUCAUGGAAAAUUUGGAGAGGCUGUCUGAUGCAAAUUAUGUUCCAACUAAGGAGGAUGUUUUGUAUGCAAGAGUUCGUACAACUGGUGUUGUUGAGAUCCAGUUCAGCCCUGUUGGAGAAAAUAAGAGAAGUGGUGAAGUCUAUAGACUCUUUGAUGUUGGUGGCCAGAGAAAUGAGAGAAGAAAAUGGAUCCAUCUUUUUGAAGGAGUUACGGCUGUAAUAUUCUGUGCUGCAAUUAGCGAGUAUGAUCAGACACUUUAUGAGGAUGAAAACAAGAACAGAAUGAUGGAGACUAAGGAACUUUUUGAGUGGGUCCUAAGGCAACCAUGUUUUGAGAAAACAUCCUUCAUGUUAUUUUUAAACAAGUUUGACAUAUUUGAAAAGAAGGUCCUGAAUGUUCCGCUCAAUGUAUGUGAGUGGUUCAAAGAUUACCAGCCAGUUUCAACAGGGAAACAAGAGAUUGAACAUGCGUACGAGUUUGUGAAGAAAAAGUUUGAGGAAUUGUAUUUCCAGAGCACUGCUCCUGACUGUGUAGAUCGCGUGUUCAAGAUCUAUCAGGCGACUGCCCUUGAUCAGAAGCUUGUGAAGAAGACUUUCAAGCUUGUUGAUGAGACUUUGAGACGGAGGAAUCUCUUUGAAGCUGGCUUAUUAUGACCAUGCAACAGUAUGUAUGUUUAAGAGGGAUAUGAUAUUUUUACAUUGAGAAAUUAAAAGGUCAUCUGAUUUUGUUGGGUAUAUUAGAGGUCAGGUAUACAACAAUAUAAAAUCGAUUUGUUGAUUUUAUGUCAAGUAAAUCCUGGGUGGAUAGGGAAAGCCUUUCUGAAUACCUACUUGAUCACCACAUCCAUCUUUAGAAGGAAAAUUAGUUGCGCUCAAAUUUUCAGAGAUGACAUUAUGCUUUGUGAUUAUCUUUUUCAUUGAUUGAAAGUCACUAAUGAUAUAUUUCAUAUCCUUUAUUUAUGUCUA